AGUGUCGGGAGUAGCCAAUGAGCGGCGGUGUUUUUCACAACAGCAAUGGGGGUAUCCUGCAUUGUGGAGCUGUGAAACUAAAAAACAACCACAUCUUGCGCUUUAACAAAACGAGAGCAGCAUGAAGGUGGUUAAUUUGAAGCAGGCUAUCCUGCAGGCGUGGAAAGAAAGGUGGACAGACUACCAAUGGGCUGUCAACAUCAAGAAAAACUUUCCAAAGGGAGCAACAUGGGACUACCUUAACCUCGCAGAAGCUUUGAUGGAGCAGGCAAUGAUUGGUCCAUCCCCUAACCCACUCAUCUUAUCCUACCUUAAAUAUGCUAUAAGUUCACAGAUGGUGUCCUAUGCUAGUGUGCUCACAGCCAUCAGCAAGUUUGACGAUUUCUCGCGGGACCUCUGUGUGAAGUCAUUGCUGGACAUAAUAGACAUGUUCUGCUGUCGCCUAAGCUGCCAUGGCAAAGCAGAGGAAUGCAUUGGGUUGUGUCGGGCUUUGCUUGGGGUGGUGGUCUGGCUGCUGCAGGCCUGUGCGUGGUACUGCGAGAACCUGAGAGAGCUCGGACCGGUACCCAGCAUAGAGGCUAUUCUCAGAACAUGUCAGGAGAGGCUUCAUACCCUGAUGAAAAGCACCAAGAACAGAGCUCUGGUUCAUAUCGCCCGAUUAGAAGAUCAAGGGUCCUGGAACAAUGUGGAGCAAGCAGUGAUUAAAGUUACGGAAGGUCUUGGAAAUGUACCAAACCAAACAUUAAGGACUUCACUGGAAGAAAGUUUGUUUUUAGUAAAAAGUAUUCCCAGCAUGCUCUCUGUGCAGUGUGAGCUUCCAGUGCGUGCCUCCUUCCCAUCAGUUCAUGCCUUCAUCAUGCUGGAGGCAACCAUGAAUUUAAUCGGAGAGAUCCAGCCUUUGGUGGAGCAGUUAAUGAUGAUCAAGAGAAUGCAGAAAAUUCCCACCCCACCGUUUGUUUUGGAGAUAUGGAAAGCUUGUUUCACCGGCCUCAUCGAGUCACCAGAAGGCACAGAGGAGCUCAAAUGGACCGCCUUUACGUUCCUGAAAAUCCCACAAGUUCUCCUUCGACUGAAAAAAUAUCCUCAGGGUGAUCAAGGACAGGACUUCAUGGAUGAUGUGAAUGUGGCGUUUCAGUACUUGCUCAAACUCACUCCUCUCCUUGACAAAGCAGACCAGAGAUGCACCUGUGACUGUCUGAGCAUGCUCCUACAAGAGUGUAACAAGCUGGGACUGCUGUCGGAUUCGAACACGGCCAGCCUCACAGCCAAACGGACGGAGGACAGGGAGUCCGCCCCAAAGCUCAAAACUGGAGAUAAUGCUAACAAACAGCCGAACCCUGUCCUCAUCCUGAGAGCUGAGCCCACUGUCACCAACAUUCUCAAGACAGUAGAUGCAGACCACUCCAAGUCCCCUGAGGGCCUACUUGGUGUUCUUGGACACAUGCUCUCAGGAAAAAGCCUGGAUCUGCUGCUUGCAGCAGCAGCAGCUACGGGAAAACUCAAAUCCUUUGCCAGAAAAUUCAUUAAGCUUAACGAGUUUCCCAAGCACAUUAGCGGUGAAGGAUCCAAAUCUGCAUCUGUACGGGCCCUGCUCUUUGACAUUUCCUUCCUCAUGCUCUGCCAUGUUGUGCAGACGUACGGUUCUGAGGUGGUCUUGUCAGAGCCGAGCCCUUUGGGGGAGACGCCCUUUUUUGAAACCUGGCUGCAGACGUGUAUGCCGGAGGAGGGCAAAACUCUGAACCCAGACCACCCUUGCUUCAGACCUGAACCUGGAAAAGUGGAGAGUCUGGUGACUCUGUUGAACAACUCCUCAGAAAUGAAACUUGUUCAAGUGAAGUGGCAUGAAAUCUGCAUCAGCAUUCCUGCGGCCAUACUGGAAAUUCUUAACGCCUGGGAGAAUGGUCUGUUGUCAGUGGAAGCCGUGCAGAAAAUUACUGACAACAUCAAAGGGAAGGUCUGCAGCAUGGCCAUCUGUGCCGUGGCUUGGUUGGUGGCCCACGUCAGGAUGCUGGGAAGAGAUGAGAGGGAGAAACCUCAGACUAUGAUCCGACAGCUUAUCACCCCGCUUUACGCUGAAAACACCCUGCAGUUUUACAGUGAACGGGUCACCAUUAUGAGUUCCAUCAUGGAGCAUAUGUGUGCCGACGUCUUCCAGCAAAUGGGCGCCGCUCUGCGCCCCCCAGUGGAAAGUCAGGAGCAGAUUCCUUAUCGCAACUUGCUUCCCGCCAAAGAACCCAUCCGGAAGGCCCUCAGCAGCCAGUUCCAGACUGUUCUGCGCAAAGGCUGGGUGGACAGCCAAGCUCUGCAUCUGUUUGAGGGUCUUCUCAACAUGGGAGGGGUCUUCUGGUUCACCAAUAAUUUGAUUAAGGAACUUCUUAAGGAAACACGACGGGAGUGGGCCAACCGGGCAGUUGAGCUGCUUUACAGCAUCUUCUGCUUGGAUACUCAGCAGAUCACCCUGACACUGCUAGGUACCAUAUUACCCAACCUGCUGACUGACUCCGCCCACUGGCACAGUUUGUCAGACCCGCCUGGAAAGGCUCUGGCCAAGUUGUCUGUGUGGUGUGCGCUCAGCUCUUACUCCUCUCACCACAAAGGUCCACUUUCUGCCCGACAGCGAAAACGACAGAAAGAAGAUAUUGAGGACUACAACAGCCUCUUUCCACUGGAGGACACUCAACCAUCCAAACUUAUGCGGCUGCUAAGUUCCAAUGAGGACGAGCCUGUAACUCUUUCCAGUCCAGGAGACCGAUCUAUGAGCAGUUCUCUGUCGGCAUCUCAGCUCCACACUGUGAACAUGAGGGACCCACUCAACCGAGUCCUGGCCAACCUUUUCCUUCUUAUCUCAUCCAUCGUGGGCUCGAAGAUGGCGGGUCCUCACACUCAGUUUGUGCAGAGCUUCAUAGAGGAGUGUGUGGAGUGCCUGGAGCAGGGAAGCCGUGGGAGCAUCCUUCAGUUCAUGCCUUUCACAAUGGUUUCUGAGCUGGUGAAGCUGCCUGCUCUGGCCAAUCCUAAAGUGGUCCUGGCCAUCACUGACCUGACUCUGCCUCUGGGAAGGAGAGUGGCAGCCAAAGCCAUCUCCGCUUUGUGAACACUUAAGUUUAGCUCCCUCCAAACAAUGAAAUGUAACAAAAAAGAAUAUUGAUGGAGGAAAGAUCUUUCCUUAAUCCUGUUUUGACUUUUGUAUCUGUUUUAUACUUAAAAAUGUGUAUAAAUUUAGUAUAAAAAGAAAAA